UAAAUAUUUUGCAGAGAAAUGCUCAUACAUAGAAGAGCCCCCACCCCUCCCCUUCCCCUCUCCCCAUGCACCAUUUAUGGUCCUUCACCCUCCUCCUGUCAUCUAGUCCAGAAAAUUGAAUGACUAGCUAGUAGCAUCAACCCUCCAAACAUUAGCUAAUAUUAUCUUCUUUAUCUUGACUUCACUCAGUAAAUGAGUGGAGGAAAGAAGAUAGAAGAGCUGAUAUGGGUAGCAUUGUAAGCAAGAACAAGAACAGAAAGAAGAAGAAGAAGAAGAAAAGCAGCUGUGGCCCAUGUGAGGAGGUGGAGUAUAUGCGCCUAAGAGAGAAGCUAAAGCUCUUGCAGGGUGAGAUUCAUGAGAUAAAGCAUUUAAGAGAGAAGGAAUGUCAAGCCCAGAAGCAACAGGUGAAAAACUAUGCUAGGAAGGAAGCAGAGUGGAAGGGUGAGAGGAAGAAGUUGAGAGAUGAGGUGAGGAGGUUAAGAACAGAAUUAAUGGUAGCAAAAGAUCAUCAGGAGAUGACUAUUAAUCAUCAAGGGAUGUUGGAGGACGGGGAAGAUGGUAUAUUUGCAGGAGGGAUAAAUAUUCUUGACAGUCAAGAGUAUUGGCAAUGGCAAUUGAUGGGCCAGGGGAGUAACUUCUUGGUUCAGCACAUGAGGGAGGAACAGGCCCGUCGAGAUGAGGCUGUGCAGAAAUGGAAGAAGCUCUACCUUUCUAUCAAAACUGAACUCGACACUCUUAUUCAUAGAGCUCAUCAAGGAGAUGGACUGUACUUGAGAGAGGAGGAGGACACCAUAAGAGUACUGAAGACGGAACUGAAAGGCAAAGAAGAAACAAUCCAAGAUUUGAAAGCCAGAGUAGCUGUCAUGGAGAAGGAAGGAAUCAAAAAGGAAAGGGAAAUAGACAUACUGAGGCAGAGCCUACGAAUUAUGAGCAGCAAGAGAAAGGGUGACUCAUGUUACCAAGGGUCUCAUUGGAAGCUUGCCCAUGUAAAUUAAAUUGGUCCAUGGCCACUGCUUGGGGUAUAUAUAUAUAUAUAUAGAUAUAUAAUUAGUUUCUGAUAGGUUCAGCAUAAUAAGGAAUGAAAUCAAUAAUCAGAAAAAAUACAUGUAUGUGAAAGAUGAACAAUGAGUAAACAAAGCUCUAUUAAGUGAAAAAUCGUUACAAUCAUGGCUUAAAAACUCAGAAUUGGAUACGAGAUUUGGUCUCCAUCGAUUUCGAUUUGAAUCGUCAUAGAAUCUAAUCACCAUGAGCUGUACACUUUUUCAGUACACUAAGAGGGUCAUAAUAUAUACUUCCUUUUAAUGAAUGGAUAUUCUUGUUCAAGUA